AUGCAGCCCCCAAGACUAUCAUUCUCUCUCCUCACUGGAAGGGCUGUACCACGCGUUGUCAGACGCCAUUUCACUACCCACACAACCCUAUGCUCUGGAAUCAAGCCAGUGCUAGUCAGGCUCCUGGAAGAUGGCUCAGAAGUGCACAUAAACAAAGAUGAGAUAUUCAAAUAUCAACGAUACAGAUGGAUUACUAGAAGGAGAGAUCCCCAACAUCUGGCUGCACGGUACCGUGAAUCCAACCUAGACAACCUCCUUGAGGCAGCCAAUCUAUCCACUGACUAUAAGGGGGCGCGAUAUAAAAUCCAAGCUUCUGGAAGGAUGGUGUCGAAAUGUGUGGAAGGACAGAACAGCAAAGCCUUCGUAUUAACGAUGGAUAAUGGCGAACAACUUGUUGCUAGGCUGCCCAAUCCUAACGCCGGCCCUGCUUUCUUUACUACAGCCUCGGAAGUAGCCACCCGAAAUUUUGUAUACAGGUCGAACUCAGGCGGAGCUGAGUAUAUUAUGGAGGAAAAGGCCAAAGGAUAUUCGCUUGGGAGUAUUUGGGGCCGACUGUCUAGGUCCUCGCAAUUUGUGAUUAUUGACCAAGUUGUUGAAAUAGAGAGGAAACUGGCAUCUGUAUCGUUCCCCAUGCAAGGGUGCCUCUACUACACGUCCGACCUCAAAUCGGAGGUUCCUGAUGUUAAAGGCCUCGAUACUAUGCUUAGCAUAUCGCCAGGGCUGAACAUAGAGGAUUGCAGGCAGUUGUCCUGUUUCGGAAUUGGACCAUCUAAUGACCGAAAAUUGUGGAAUGUCUUUCGCCAUUCCACAAGACUGGAUAGAGGACCAUGGACCAACCUUAUCCAUUACGUGACUGCUCUUGGAAGUAACGAACUGAACUGGGCAAGAUGCCAUGCAAAGCCAAGAAUGAACUACUACCGGUCAAUAGAGACUCCAGAAAAUCCCAACGAGUACCUGGCUCUUCUCCAGCGCUAUCUCGACAUUGCCCCACACCUAGUACCAAAUCAGCCCUGCUCUGAAUAUGACAACAUUAACACGCUGUCACACCCAGACCUCCACCUCGACAAUAUAUUCAUCGAUCGUGAAACACACCAGAUCACUUCCAUCAUAGACUGGCAACUCGCUGCCAUAACGCCAUCAUUUUUACAACAUCCUCACCCGCAAAUGCUGGAACUCUCGCUUAGCCCAGGCAGCGAUGAACAAAGAGGCAGGGAAAAGGAGCUACUCGAAUACUACUACAAAGUAACAGAAAAAGACCCAUACCUAUCGACACGAGUCACCCCCAUUAAUCUGAUAUCUGGAUGUUGGGAACGCGAGGACACUUUCUCACUGCGUGAGUCUUUGAUCAAGGUUGCCGCAUACUGGGACCAACUCCGGCAAGACGACACACCAUGCCCGGUUGACUUUGAUGUCGAUGAGCUAGCUGAACAUGAACGCGAAAGGGAACUAAUUGAGGGGCUUUCAAACAUCGUUCAGCAGUUAGAAGAAGAAGGACUUAUUCCGAUUGGAGGGAUGGUUCGGCCGGAGGAGUAUGAACAUGCCAAGAUGGUGACCGAGGGCGAUCAACAACGGGAACUGCAUGAAAAGGUAUGGCCUUAUUAG